UGAUACAUUUUUAUUCAUAGAAUUGAAAUCCAUCAGUCUUUUUACUGAGAAUAUUUUUCUCUGCAAAUUCCUUCGAAUAAAACGUACACACAGGAUACAACCUGUACUUACAGUACAUGAGGUGAGUUGCUGGAAUGUCGCUGAGCAGGUAACUAUGUGGGUGUAAUUAUUAAGCUGUUUGUUGGGUUUUUAAACCCGAGCAGAUCAACUGGUGGUAACUCGCAGCGAUGACGUUCAACAAGCUGGUCUGUGUGGCGGCUUUUCUGACUCUGCUGAUUAAAGGGGUUGACUCACAGCUAUCAGUAUGUGGUCAGCCCUCACUCAACACCAGGAUUGUUGGAGGAGAGGACGCUCCACCAGGCAGCUGGCCCUGGCAGGUCAGUCUGCACACCACUUUCCACUUCUGUGGAGGAUCUCUGAUCAACGACCAGUGGGUGCUGAGUGCUGCUCACUGCUUCCAAGAUAACAUUGGUUCCCCAUCUGAGGUGACAGCAUAUCUGGGUCGCCAGAGUCAGGAGGGAUCCAACCCAAAUGAAGUCAGGCGGGCAGUAACACAGAUCAUAAAUCACCCUGACUACAAUUCAGGGAUUUCCAACGACAAUGACAUUUCACUGCUGAAGCUCUCUGAACCAGUGAGUUUCACCAGUUACAUCUCACCAGUCUGCCUAGCCGCCUCAGACAGCACCUUCAACAGCGGAGUUGACUCCUGGAUCACUGGCUGGGGCACCAUUGGAAGUGGAGUCGCUCUUCCAUCUCCUCAAAACCUGAUGGAGGUGGAGGUUCCGGUUGUGGGGAACAGUCAGUGCGCGUCUAGCUACGGACAGAACACCAUUACUGACAACAUGAUAUGCGCCGGGUUACUAGAGGGAGGGAAGGAUGCCUGUCAGGGGGAUUCAGGAGGUCCGAUGGUGAGCAAGCAGUGUGACCGGUGGAUUCAAUCUGGAAUCGUAAGUUUUGGAAAAGGAUGUGCUGAGCCUAAUUUCCCAGGAGUCUACACCAGAGUAUCCCAGUAUGAGAGCUGGAUCAACAGUGUUAUCAGCACAAACCUGCCGGGCUUCAUGAGCUUCACUCCCAGCCCUUCCUGUAGACCUGUCUGUGGACGAGCACCGCUAAAUUCUCGUAUUGUGGAUGGAUCUUCGGUGGCGUCUGCUGGUGAGUGGCCAUGGAUGGCGAGCGUGCAGAAGAACGGCCAGCAUGUGUGUGGAGGAACGCUGGUGUCUGAGAUCUACGUGCUGUCCGACGCCAGCUGCUUCCCAGGCUCCAUUGUUGCAUCUGAGUGGACAGUGGUGUUGGGUCGUCUAAAUCAGAAUGGGUCUAAUCCAUUCGAGAGGUCGUUGAAAGUGGUAAAUAUCACUUUGAGCAGCCUGACAGGGAACAACAUUGCAUUGCUUAAGCUGGCAUCCCCACCCACCCUGAACGACUACAUCCAGCCCAUCUGCUUGGGCGUUGGAAGAACAUUCUCAGCAGGAUCAGUAUGUUGGGCUGCCGGCUGGAGCUCUAAAAGAGGAGGAGAGGCGCAAGCUCUGCAGGAGUUACAGACGACAGUGCGAGAUUGUGUGAAUGCAUCUUCAAAUGACGUCCUGUGCACUGAUUCUAUUUCUCUGGAGCAGAGUGACUACGGCGGCCCGCUCAUGUGUCAGCAGGAAGGGUCCUGGUUCGAGCCGGCUGUGCUACAACUUGUAAACGCCUCUACCAGAAUGGAGCAAGCCGAUGCCUUGAUGAUGUUUGAAAAGCUGGACCGUUUUGAGUCCUUCCUGUCUCGUAUCCUGGGAACCUUCUUGUCGCCAGCCUCUAAUGGCGGCAUCAGCAUUUCCCACUCCCCCUUCUUACUCCUAGGCCAUCUUCUGCUCCAUGCUUUAAGCAUCAAAGUCUUAACAUAG